CAGCUCAGUCUCACUUGCUCGCUUAGUCGGUUCAGAUCGGUUCGGUUUACUGUAUUUUCUAUUUUCGCACACAGACUAGUAGAAAUCGUAUAGAAAUUUUAUCAAAAUCUGAAAUUGAAAUACACACACUUUUUGGCCCAUUCCACACUCGAGAUACACACACACACACACACACACCAUCUCUCGUGACAACAAGUAUUAAACGGAAAAAGGGGAAUAAAAUGAGAUCCAGCAAAGUUCGUGGGGGCAACGCCAGUCGACUGGUGGAUGCGGAAGGACAGUGGGGAAAGGGAUGCCUGGGCUCCCAGCACGCGAUUCUCAAGAAUCACGGGCGUGGCCUUUCAUCCCAAAAUCCCGCGCAAUUUGGUGGAUACUCAUCAUCGUCGGGACAGCAGCAGUAUCCUGCCGUAUAUACGCAGCCAGGAUUCCGGGGCGCUGGUAAGCUCAAGGCCACGCCCAACACGCUGCUGCAGCAGCAGCAACAGCAGCUCCUGGCGCAGCAGCAGCAGCAACUCCUGGCCGCCACAUCGCCGCAGGGUGGUGCGUCCGGAUCAGCCGGCGCAGGAGUGGGCGUGGUCAAUAUGCCCAGCUAUGCGGACCAGAUGCACGCCGCCUUCCUGGACUAUCAGCGUCAGCGAGCCGAGUUCGAGCAGCAGCAGCAGCAGCUGCUGCAGAAGCUCUACCACUACUAUCCCGACGUAUCCGGCGCCCUAUCACCUGCCCAGAUCCAAUCCCAAGCAACCCAGCUGGCUGCUCCCGCCGCCGAUGUGGGAGGCUCAACGGUGGGGGGCGUGGCAACGCAAAGCGCAGCUGGCCGCUUCGCCUACCGCCGGCCGCAGUUCAGCAGCAAUGGCCUGCAGCCCGAGCGCCUGGCCGCCGGAUCCAUUCUGCACGGUGCCGGUCCAGCUGGAGGCGGAGUCAUCCCAGGCGCAGUGCCUUUGCGCAACGGCGCAGUGGGCGCAGGUGACUUCUACUCCACGCAGCAGCACAUGGGCUUCAUGCAGCAGCAGCAGCAGGACGUGCUCCGUGACCAGCAGCAGUCGGUGGCCCAGCAGUUCGCCACCAGCCAGCUGGCGCCCACUACCCGCCAGAGCUACGGCAUGGCCGUGCCCAUGUCCUCCGUGCUGGGAUCCCCCACCUACCAGCAAUCGCCGGAUGUCUCACACGUGAGCUUUUCGAGCGGCAAUCUCAACUACAGCUUCUAAGGAUGAGCUGUUAUCUCUCCAGCAGUUUCUGAAACUAGUAUUUUGAUAUAUAUAUUCUUUUUUUUUUUUUGCGUAAAUUUUCGUGGUAUUUGAUAAGAGGAAUUGUGUAGGGCAAGCAAGAAUAAAUUUUGUGAGUGAUGAUAA